UCGAUCCAUCCGACCAAAAGCGCUGGGGAAGAUUUGGUGGUACCAGUGCUGAGCGUAGCGAGACCUUUCUGAGGCUCGCCAUGGGGUGCGGAGGGUCAAGGCAGAAGUAUGUCGCCAAGGAAGCCGACAGCAGGGUGCCGGUUCAGGGCGAUGUCCGGUGGGUACUUUCAGCGAUGUCGGAGGCGCCGCAAGCUGGGAGCAUCUUGAGGGAAGAGAUGGUAGAGGCACCUCGGUUUUUGAAGAGCACCUCCCAAAUGGACUUAUGUGUGAAUGGGGAGCCUUCAACCAGAAUCAACUCUGCUGCCCAGCUCCGAAAUUACUUCCAGAAGGACUACAAGAAUGGUGGGGCUUUUGAUCACCAAGAAUAUGACUUUGAUGUAGCUGAUUGGUGUUGGGUCCACAAAGGCCUCAAGAUCAAGGUAUGGGCAGAUGCUCUUGAUCUGACCCAAGCUGGGGGAGAUGGUGAUGUGGAAUGCUACUUUCACUAUACAACACAGCUCGGGUUUCGGAACAUCACGCAUGAAAGCAAAGCUGCCGUGGAAGUGUUCGCCUCUCUCAUCACAAGUGGUGAAAAGGCCAAUGCGUGGUGGGGAAAAGGCGUAUACAGUGUACGGAAGGCACCUGAUGAAUGGCCAAGCGUGGAGACGCUGCUGGACAACAACUAUCGCAAUAUGCUCAAGCGAGAUAUCGAUCUGAAAGGUCGUGAUGCGGCAAUCCAGGACUACCGUUCGAGGGUGGAGUAUUGCAUUCCAAUCCUUGUCAAUGCAUCUGUAGCCUACGACGUCUCCGAACGACCUACACCGGAAAUGGUGGAGCAGGGGAAGCCUGCUGGUGUGAACCUCGCUGGAAAGCUCCUGAAUGAAGCCGGAAAGCCACCGCGGGAAUGUAUCGUUGUGCGAGCGCAAGGGGAGGGCGAUAUUGGUAAUGCCAGAGCAGUGCUGGUGGAGACGCUUCGCUGCCAUGCUGAAGCCGCAGUCACCAGACGUGGCACUACGGAUGAAUAUACCCUCCAGGCAUUGAGCCGGCUGGCGGAGGUGCUCCGACACCGUGGCGACCUCGCGGAGGCCGAGGCGCUGCGUCGCCGAGUCUUGGAGGCCGAAGAGGCGAAGCUGGGAGGGAAGCACCGGAACACCCUGACGGCGCUGAACAACCUCGCGGUCGUCCUAUGGCAGCAAGGCAAGUAUGAGGAGGCUGAAGCACUGUAUUGCAGAGCGCUAGAAGGAUAUGAGGCUCAAUUUGGAGCCAGGCACCCUGUGACCCUCACGUCGCUCAACAAUUUAGCGAAUCUGCUGGAGGAUCGGGGCAAGUACCAGGAGGCUGAACCACUUUAUCGCAAAGUGCUGGAAGGGAUGGAGGCUCAACUUGGAGCCCGGCAUCCUGAUACCCUCAUCUCUGUGAACAACUUGGGGGCGCUCUUGCUGGAUGGAGGGAAGGUGGACGAGUCGGAGGUGCUCUUGCGCCGAGCGGUGGAAGGUCUUGAAGCCCAGCUGGGCAGCCAACAUCCCGGCACACUCCGCUCGGUCUACCACUUGGCCCGUCUCCGCGUAGCGCAAGGGCGGCUGGAGGACGCCGAGUCGCACUUCCGCCGGGCGAUGGAGGGGCAAGUGGCCCAGCUGGGAGUCAGACAUCAGCAGACCCUGGACUCGAUCUCGCGUCUCGCGAACCUCUUGGAGGCGAAAGGCUCCAUGGAGGAGGCACAAGAGCUUCGCUCCAAGGGCAGUUGAAGGCCUUGGAGGAUGUCCUACACUCCAAGGGCGGUGCUCGCCGGGCACACUCGCCGUCCUCACCGCUUUCGGUGCAGGAGUUGCAUGGCCCCCGGCCAUCCAAAGACCCGUGAAUGCUGUGAACACCUGGAACACCUGCAGCGUGGAGCCAUUGCGUCAAGAAGAUCCACCAGCUCAGGCGCCGGCUUCGGGGAAGCAGGUACGGCGCGAGCCCUGCGGUCGUUGAAGUUAACGUCGUCCAAGGUCCUUGGCCUGGCCCCCACCGGGCUCUGACGGUGGUGGUUGUCUCAUCGAGAACGCCGAGGGUCUCCGAAUUCAGACUUCAGACUGUUGCUCGCCAACCUUUGUUUCAGGACCCACGGCCCCACGCCAACGUGGCUCGGGCCGGAGCUCCCCUGGCCGACACCGACGAGGCCGACGUCCUGGCCUCCCCGAAGCACUCGCCGCAGCCGGCGGCGUUGGG